AUCCUGACACUCAAACCCUGAACUACAGACACACACACACACCUCCUGUAGGCGGACAACAGGACGAGGUAAAGGGAGAACUGAAGGAAACAACAGAGGAACUAAUAAAGGACGAAGAAACAAGAAGAAACAAAGGAACCAGAGAACGAAAGGAGGAAAAAAGGUGUGGUGUCCUGCUUCGAAGUGAAACCAUCAAAGGAAUCUGGAACAGUUUGAUCCAAAGCUCGGUAACUGAAGGAGAAAAAAAAAAUCAUCCAAAGUCGAACGAUGGCGCCUAAGAAGAAGGCCCUCCGUCAGAAGAAACUUGCAGCCGACUCCACCGAAAACAUGGAGACCAGCUCGCUUCCUGUGAAGGUGGAGAGCCGAGGAGACGGCGUGGUGGUGGUGGAGACGGGGGUGAAGAAGAUCGAGCAGAUCGCAGCGCUGGACAUCGCUAAGCUCAACAGCCUUAACCUGCCUCUGCCACCGCCUGUCAUCAAACCAGGGGAGCGCGGCCUCGGCCUGGGCAGCGAGCUGACACGGCCUCUGCACGGCAACGCUCUGCUGGAGGAGCUGAGCAAGAUGCGACAGGAGAAAUUUCUGACUGAUCUGGAGUUGGCCUGCAAGACAAAAGCCUUCGAUGUCCACAAACUGGUCAUCUCCUCCGUCAGUCAGUACUUCCGAGAGAUCCUGGCCAAAGACCCUGGAAUGAAGCGCCUGGAGCUCCCCUCUUUGUCCCCGCUGGGUCUUGCCAAUGUAAUCACCUUCGCCUACAUGGGGCGUGUCCACAUGUCCCUCUACACCAUCGGAUGCACCGUCUCUGCUGCCGCCACUCUGCAGAUCCCACAGCUCCUCAAGAUGUGCAUGGACUUCCUGCUAGCCGAGCUGAACGUGCAGACAUGCGUCUACAUCUGGAACAUCGGCACGGCCUACGGCCUGCCGCCUGUCUGCGACGCCGCCCGCCGUUUCAUCCUGGAAAACUUUGUGCAGUUCGCCGAGACGCCGCUGUUCACGCAGCUGACCUUGGAGCAGAUCUCCGCCUUCCUGCGCGACGACUCGCUGGUGCUCCCGUCAGAGGUCAAGGCUUUCCAGCUUGCCAACAAAUGGCUGGACUUCGACGCCUCCCGUCAGGCUCAUGCUGUGGAGCUUCUGUCCCACGUGCGCUUUGAGACAAUCCCAGCCAGCGAGCUGGUGAGCCAGAUCCAGCCUGUGACCCGAAUGAUGCUGGACCCCCAGUGUCACCGCCUGCUGGUGGACGCCAUGAACUACCAUCUGCUGCCCCACCAGCAAAACAGCCUGCAGUCCCGACGCUCUCAGGUCCGAGGAGCCCAGCAGACUCUGCUUACCAUCGGAGGACGUCCAUCGCUCACCGAAAGAGCUCUGAGCCGUGAGGUCCUGUGGAGGGAUGCCCGUGAAGGAGGAGCCACCUGGCGCCACCUCACCCAGCUUCCAGCCAAGAGCUUUAACCAGUGCGUGGCUGUUAUGGACGGGUUCCUGUACGUGGUCGGAGGAGAGGACCAGAACGAUGCCCGUAAUCAGGCCAAACAUGCCGUCAGCACGCUUAGCAGAUACGACCCUCGCUUCAACACCUGGCUGCACCUUGCCAGCAUGCGUCAGCGCCGCACUCACUUCUCCCUGUCAGCCAGUGGUGGCCGCCUGUUUGCCAUUGGCGGCCGCAACGUUGAGGGUCUGCUGGCUACCACAGAGAGCUACCUGCCAGCCUCCAACACUUGGCAGAUGAAAGCUCCCAUGGAGGUGCCCCGCUGUUGCCACUCAAGUGCCACCCUGCCCUCUGGAGACAUCCUGGUUACCGGAGGCUAUAUCAGCUGUGCCUACUCCCGCUCAGUGGCCUGCUACAACUUGGAGAGUGACACCUGGACGGAGCAGGCUCCAAUGGAUAUGCCACGUGGCUGGCACUGCUCGGCCACCCUUGGAGGGAAGGUCUAUGUAGUGGGUGGGAGCCAGCUGGGGCCCGCAGGAGAGCGGGUGGAUGUCCUCUCAGUGGAGGUGUUCUCCCCGGAGAGUGGGACUUGGGGAAAGGUCGCCCCCCUCCCACUCGGCGUGAGCACCGCCGGUCUCUCACCGCUGGCCGACAAGCUGUACCUGCUAGGCGGCUGGAAUGAGGCGGAGAAGCGCUACAAGGCGGCUGUGCAGAAGUAUGAUCCAGCCACUGACAGCUGGUCAAAGGCGGAAGACCUCCCAGAGCCCACCGUGGGAGUAUCCUGCUGCAGCCUGACCCUCCCACCUCGUCACGCACCUCGCCGGCAGCAGCACCGCAACACACCAGGCCAAGAAGACCCGCAGCAGAAGAACCAGAGCCGGGAGAGCAUUGCAGCGCCCUCAAAAGCAUAGUGCAACCCAGGAGGAGGAGGGACCUGGAAGUCAACCAUGAUCAUGUCCAAGGACUUUUCUGUCUGCAGUGAUGUUAAACCUGAAAAUUAGUUUUUAUAAAACCAGAAAAAAACUAGUCGUGCAAUAAGAACAGAACAUGUCUCUGAAUAACUAGGUAUUUAACUAAAAGCACACUGAGGUUGCCUAGGUAUUAAAGACACCUAUUGGCCAAACAGAAUCAAAUAGAAACAACUUUUUUUCAAUUUUUGUCUGAGGUUUUUGUAAAUUUACUCCUAAGGACUUGAUUUUGUAUUGAAUAAACUCAAAACAGUUUGCAAGCAGGCAGCUGUAAAUAAGCUGAAGAGAAGUUUGUUAAAAUGUAAUUCUGCUUCCUGGUCUGGAAACUAGGUUAUCAGUGCGUUGGAGGAGACAUCCAUGCAAGGGGAGAUGGAUCAUCUUUCCAAAUCAGACCAGAUAUUCCCCAAUAAUGUAAAAACUAAAAGUUAUUUUUAGGAGGUUAACCAGAUAAAUGGUGACUUAAAGCUGAAGAUCAUCUGGUCAACUCAGGGAAGGGAAAAGAGGAAGCUCCAAAGAAUGAUUAUGAUUAAAGUCGAGCCACAAAAAAGCUAAUUUAUCUGUGCUGAUUAGCAGAAAUGGAAAGGAAGCUGCAUGGUCCCAGGUGGAGGUGAAUUUAGAGAGAAAGCAGGAUGGGAAAAAGAAGAGAGGAGCAGGUGGAGGAAUGAUGGAGGCUGGAACAGAUUACUGUGAAUCUGGAAACCUGAGCAAGAAAAAAACUGGCUAAUAGUUUUAUUUUAUGUCAUUAAAUGCUGAACAUUUAACAGAAAUAUGAAAAAAUGUAAAUUCUGAUCAUCUAAUCUAAGAAAUCUUAAGCAUUGUUCAGGUUUUUGCUGCAACUAUAGCUGAAACAGCAAGACUCCAGCUCUUCACUCUGUGGAGUCUAGGCUAGUGUAAUUUAUUUGAAUAAAUCUGUUUGUCUCAGCUUUGGAUGGUUUUUGUGGAGUUUCACUGAAUAAAGAUAAUCUAGUCC